GGUAGUAGGGCAUGCUGGCUUAACGGGAGCGUCAUUGUCUCGCCGGCUAAGUUGCACCUCAAGCCUGGGCAUGCUUUUCCUGAAUCUACUUAAGAGGGAAAAGUUCCCCUUCCUUUUUCUGCCAGUGUUGACUAGCCUCCAUUCACUUGAUUUACCUCUUCAAAAAUUCUCUCAUAGAAUUUCUCUCUUCUUCUUUCCCCUUCUACUAUUAACACACACAACACACACGUCUUUUUCUUCACACAUUCUUCAUUCUUCUCAACCAUUGCCUCUCUACACUUGACAGACCAAAGACAUAAGAUCUACAGUCACCAUGCCUAAGGUUUAUCACCGAAAUCUUCUUCGACUGCGACAACACUCUCGUCCUCUCGGAAGAAUUGGCCUUUGAG